UUUUGUUUUUUUGGUUUUUUUUUUUGGUUUAACUGAUUACAGAUUAGCUAUUGCUUGAUUCACUCAAACUUGUAUUAGCCUAGUCUUAACUGUAAAUUCCCUUGGUGUUGCUUAUUUUAACUUAUUUUUCACCUUAGAUAUGCAGAUAUUUGGGAAGUAUUGUACUCUGUGGACCUCUCUGUGUUAAAAUGGCAUUAAAGGUGCACUCAGCAAUUUUUCCUCAUAAAAAAAAAAAAAAACAAAGAAAUUAAUCAUAGCUAAUUUUGAAACAAAUUAAUAAAAUCAUGAGCACUUAGAUGGGAUUGAAGACUUUAGUCAUAUCAGUAAUCUUAUAAAAGCUGUUUUAUUCUACAUGGACAGAGUCCCCUCAUGGAGGAUGCCAUUAUAGGAUCACAUGACCAGACAAAUACCACUUUCUUAGUAACUGCCCUGUUUCUGGACACUUUCAUUCAUGGAUUCAAUUAAUCAUGGAUAACUGUGAAUAGUGAAUUUCUACAAAGCCAUUGGUAACUGAAAACUAUUGCAUUUGAAUGAUGCUGCAUCCAUACCCCCUAGGUAUUAGUGUAUGUCGAAGAUGGCAUAUAAAAAAUAAAAAUAAAAUACUGAGUGCACCUUUAAAGGGUCAGGGCAAAAAUGGGACUUUUAAUUAAAGGACUGUCACUCUGCAAAUACUUUGCAAGAACUGAUCCCCAGGAACACAUUAGGAUUCAGCCAUAAUAGUAAUGAUAAGUAAUCUCUAAGUCAUGGGGUGUUACAUGGGUUGCCUACCCAGGUCCCCUCUUCGUGAAUCUGUUAUAAGUCAAUCUAACAUUGUGUUCCAUUCAGAAGUGAUCAUCCCUUCAAAGACUAUACCCUCCACUGUGAGAACUUUAGAGGGCUGAUAGGUGUCGAGCUACAAUUAUGAACUUACUUUUUAAGUAAUUUGUAUUGGAAGUUCUUUUUGGAAUGGCCAUACAGUAUGGCAACCAUGAUUGUUCUCCCUUUAAAGUGCACUCUAAUUAUAUUUUUCUUUUUUUAAGAUUGACCCGUUUCAAUUUAAAUAACAGAAUUCCAUCAAAUUUAAUUGAGUAAUCUUUAAAUAAAUAACAUUUAAAAAAUGAUAUAUAUUAAAUGUUAUUUAAUUUUGUUAAAACAUUGCACAAUUCAAUUGGAUGGAAUUUUGUUCCAUGAAAUUCAAAUGCAUAAAUCUUACAAUUAGGUGGGCCUUCUAAAGACAUCUUUUAUGCCAUUUGGAUCUAUCCAAUGAGGAGAUCCUGUGGUGGAUAUUAUGCUAAGAGAAUAUGCAAAGAGAAUAAAAGAUUUCUCUCUCUCUCUCUCUUUUAUAAUUUACAUAUAUCUUUUAAUUAUUUAAUUUGUCUAAUUUUACACCAACUGCCCAUCUACUGCCAACUGUAUUAUAAAUGCUUUUUCAAAACUUAUGCAAGGGAUCUGCUUAUCUUCACAAAAUGGCUGUGUCCUCAUGUGUAGCUGUAUGUUUUGCAUGUUGCAGGUGUUUUAGAUAAGCCACCCAACACACUGAACAGUGUGUCCAUGUGCUUGCUGGUGGGAUAGAUCUAGUAAAGGACUCGACCUCCUUUUGAGGACACAAACUCUGAUGUUUUUGUUUGUGUGCGCACCACUAUGUCUAGAAUGAAUAAAUGUAGAAACUUUUCUCUUAAAACUUAGAAAAAAAUACUAAUUAAUUUUUUCUUUGUUGUUUCAGAUUGGUAUUUUUAGGCCAAUUUAUUUUGUAUUUGUGUAGCAUAUAUCAUUAAAAAAAAAACUAAUACAUUAUUAGCAAUGUUUGUAACGUACUUGAUUAAAAUCAUAUUGCACUAAAAUCAGGCAGUAAAUUGAGAUGUGCACCAGUCUGCCAGGAAACAACUUCAGUUUACAAGGGGGUACUAGGCUGAUACAUUGAGUGCAUCUGAGGAAUCAAAUCAAAUCAAAUCAAAUCAAAUCAAAUCACUUUAUUGUCACACAGCCAUAUACACAAGUGCAAUGGUGUGUGAAAUUCUUGGGUGCAGUUCCGAUCAACAUAGCAGUCGUGACAGUGAUGAGACAUAUACCAAUUUACAAUAAACAUCAAAUUAACACAACACAAUUUAAACAUCUGUUAUACAUAAUUACACUCAACUUAAAACAUCAAAUUAACACAACACAAUUUAAGCAUCUGUUAUACACAUAAUUACACUCAACAAUAUACAAAUAUUAACAUACACUGUACAGUAUACAAUACGCUGUUUUUAUUUUACUAUAUAGAUACACAUUAUUCAAUAAAAAUUAAAAAUUAAAAUAUAUAUAACGACUAGAAGAACUAGUCGUUGAGAGUUUUGUAUGAGGCUUAGUAGCAAGUAUACUUGAUUUCCAACUGUAUAUUCUUCUUUGUUAUUUAUGUAUGUCUGUAAAAUAAUCUGUACUUAUUACUUUCAGACAGACAGAAAGUCUGAUUGCAAAGUCUACACACAUUUCUCAUAAUUUUUUCUGUAUAUUCUGAGCAGCCAGUCAUGGACCAACACAGUUGUUGCACAAUUGUUUGAUCUCUAUUGUGGUAUCAACUAUUUCAGAUUUACCCACCCCUAAAGAGUGCCUAUGAUUUUAAACCUCUUUUUUAUAAGUUCUGUUCAUUUAUUUAUGUGUACAAUUUUUUUUGCUUUUUAAUGUGUGUCCUGUCACAUCAAUCAAAAUGUUAAUAACGUUGUAAAAUGUACUGUAAGAUCUUGUAAAGUAAGGAAAGUAAUUGGCCAAUAACAUUCUGGUGGCACAUUCUCCAUCCUUGUCUGGAAUGUUCAACUCAAGGUUUAUUUGCCCAACCUUCAGCAUCUGUUUGAGCAGAUGCCCAAAUCCCCAUAUUUUCCCCAAUCCUGUUCUAAUAAGAUAAUGUUAGUUGAGGAGGUGUAGUCUAGUGGUAUAACAAAUAGAUGUGAUGGCCUAUAAAUAUAAAUUUUUGCUGGUGUUCUUUACAUCAAACACAGGUUUUAGCCUUGUAUCCAAACAGGUAAGACAAAGCCUAAAUGGCUUUUACUUUUGCUUAAUGCUUAAUCCUGAAAUGUCUAUUUUUUGCCCAAAAUGUAAAACUACAAAUUUUCAGCAAUAUAGGUAACAUUAUUCAUUAAAUUCUUGCAGAAAGAUUCCUGUUUAUGCUCAUUAAAUGUAUCUCCUUUUGCAGGUGAAACUGAGAGAAUGCAAACUCUACAGGUUCUGUCUCUGACUCUGCUGUCUGUGCUGGCAGUCAGCGCUCAGUCCAUCAGCUCAGGAGCAUGCCCACAACCUCCUGUUCAACAAAACUUUGAUCCUACUAGGUAUGUGGGCAGAUGGUACGAGAUCAUGAAAAUUCCAUCAAAGUUCCAAUUAGGAGAGUGCUGUCAGGCUACUUAUGCUCUGAGUAAUGGUAUUGUGCUGGUUCGAAAUGAUGAGCUUCUUGCUGACGGCACUAUCAGCUUCAUUGAGGGAACCGCCAAGAUCGUAGAUGAAUCAGAGCCUGCCAAACUGGAAGUCAGCUUCUUUGAGGAUGCUCCUCCUGCCCCAUACUGGGUGUUGGCUACCGAUUAUGACAACUACACCCUGGUUUAUGCCUGCUCAGAGGCCCUCGGUCACCACGUUGAGUAUGCCUGGAUCAUGAGCAGGACUCGCACACUUCCCAAGGAUACUGUCUCUGAGCUGCUAGACAUUCUCAAAUCUCAUAGUGUCAAUAUCGACCUGUUCUCCGAGACUGACCAGAGACCAGAGCUGUGCAGCGGCAUGCCUUAAUGUAGCAUCCUUGAAUGAUAAGCCCCUGGAGACGUGUUGUGUUCUAAUUAUUUAAAAACAAUAUAAAUGUAAGCUCUAACUUCUAAAACAGAUUUUCAGCCAGUACUUUGAGGUGUAGGAAUGCAGAUUUGCAGUUUGUACACUCCAACAUCUGUUGAGUACAAAUUAACUGAACUUUUCCUUUACUGUUAUAAAAGCAGCAAAUGGUGCCGCCAGUAAGCUUUUGGGUGUGCCUUUGGGGCUUUUUAUUUUUGCUUCUGUUCAGUUCUUUAUCAA